UUCAAAUUCCAAAACUCUAUAUAAAACCAUCACAACACACUCCAAUACUUGCUCAUUCACUCAACACUCUCCCAAACAUGUCUUCAUCUAUCCCCACCCUUUGUGUUCCUAACAUUACUGAUUCUUCUUCAGUAAUAAGCUUCGGCCUCUUCCUAUCCGUCGUCGUUUUCGUCUCCGUCUUCGCCUUCCUACUCGCUCCGGGUGGUCUCUCAUGGGCCCUCUCCAAACCCCGGCCCAAAACCGCCAUCCCGGGCCCUUCCGGCGUCCCGUUUAUGGGCCUUGUGUUUGCUUUCACUUCUUCGUUAACACACCGAACUCUAGCAAAACUUUCUACUGCUUUUAACGCCAAGCCUCUCAUGGCUUUUUCAGUCGGAUUGACCCGUUUUGUCAUCUCGAGUCACCCGGAUACCGCUAAGGAGAUUCUCAACAGUACUGAUUUUGCUGACCGGCCCGUUAAGGAGUCAGCAUACGAGCUGUUGUUUCACCGGGCUAUGGGCUUUGCUCCAUACGGUGAAUACUGGCGUAAUUUGAGAAGAAUCUCAGCGACCCAUUUGUUUAGCCCGAAAAGGGUGUCCGGGUUUGGUGUUUUCCGGGAAAAUAUCGGGUUGAAAAUGAUGGAUCAAGUUUCUUUUUCAAUGAAUGAAAAUGGUGUUGUGGAGGUUAAGAAGAUGCUCCAUUUUGCGUCACUAAACAAUGUCAUGAUGUCUGUGUUUGGAAAAUGUUAUGAAGAUUUUGGAAAAGGUGGUGAUGGGUAUAAGCUUGAGGAGCUUGUGAGUGAAGGGUAUGUGCUUUUGGGUGUGUUUAACUGGAGUGAUCAUUUUCCAGUUGUUAGUUGGUUUGAUGUUCAAGGAGUUAGGAGGAGGUGUAGAGAUUUGGUUGCUAAGGUUAAUGUUUUUGUCGGCGACAUCAUUGAACAACACCGAGAAAAACGGUCGGGUUAUGUUGGUGCUAUGGCGGUUCAUGAUGGUGAUUUUGUGGAUGUUUUGCUUGAUUUGGAGUCCGAAAAUAAGUUUAGUGAUUCUGAUAUGAUUGCUGUUCUAUGGGAAAUGAUAUUUAGAGGGACUGACACGGUGGCAAUCUUGUUGGAGUGGAUACUUGCCCGAAUGGUGUUACACCCUGAUAUCCAAGCCCGGGCCCAAUCCGAAAUCGCAAGGGUGGUAGGAGACCGACCCGUCACCGAUUCGGAUCUUGACAACCUUCCUUAUCUACAUGCAAUUGUUAAAGAAACCCUACGUGUUCACCCACCGGGCCCACUUCUAUCUUGGGCACGCCUCUCAACCCAAGAUACCCAUGUGGGCCCACAUUUCGUUCCCGCGGGAACCACUGCAAUGGUGAACAUGUGGGCUAUAACCCAUGACGAGCAUGUGUGGUCCGAGCCAAACCGGUUCAACCCGGACCGGUUCUUGAAGGAGGAUGUAGCCAUAAUGGGUUCGGAUCUGAGGUUGGCUCCGUUUGGUGCGGGGAGGAGGGUGUGCCCAGGGAAGGCAAUGGGCCUAGCCACGGUUCAUCUGUGGCUAGCCCAGCUUUUGCAAAAGUUCAAGUGGGUUGAAGCCGGUUCGGUUGACUUGUCAGAAUGUUUGAAGCUGUCUUUGGAGAUGAAGAAACCGUUGGUUUGCAGGGCUGUUUCGAGGGCAUAAUGGGUGUUUCGCUUAUGAUAUUAGCAGUUACUAGUAAGUGUGUGGUUUUAGCAUUGUCGCUUUGUGACGUUUUUCACGUAAUAAUGUAAUUUCCUAAGUAUUUAUGUGGCUUUAUUAUCAAGUACCCUAGUUGUAAUGGCAUGGAUCAAAAAUUAAAUGGUAGUCUUAACAAUUAUAUA